AUGUGUUACUUCGACCAGGUUGUCUGGGCUUGCGGUAAUUGGAGGUGGAGCAAGUUUCGCGAACAAUGCAACAAAGAGUACCGCAUCGGAGAAACCUGCGGAUUGAAGCUUGUGUAUGGGCGGCAAGAUGAAGCAAAAGACUGCAAAAUAUGCGAUCAAGUGACGAAGAAGGAAAACUGGAUUAGAAGGACGACCGAAAGAAUGGCUCGGCUUCGUGAAUGGAAGCAUUUGGCCAGCCUUGAAAGAUGUGAAGAAGAGGUGACCUCCCUGAAGGGUGAAAUUCUGAGACUGCACGAGCAACACAGCGCAAACAUGUCUGGAGGAGCCGCCUUCCGUUCCGAGUCCGGAAACCCAUUCGAGUUCCAUACCAGCCUUGGCGGUCCAUUCUCUCGCCCGUUCUGA